CUACUGCGCUCACUCUUCCAUCACACACGCUGAAAGCUGGACGCUAGUCUAUCCGGCGCUCUGCUGCAUCCAGUUGUCACGGAUAGACGUUGGGUGCGGUGUUAGUGUCAGUCGUUGGAAGGUGGACACCUUUUCUCCUUACUACAGGGCAGUAGAGACGUUCGUUUUCGCGCGCUGAGACAAUUGCCGCAGUUUGGACAACUCACAGCCGUAGGGAGAAGUGACAGCGAUGGGGCUUCUAACACAAUUAGUGGUGAUUCUGGCCGCUGCCGUGGUCUGCGUCACUUCGGGACCAGUGCGAAGAGACCUGCAGGGUCAGGAUAUCUACAUUGAACAGAUCGAGGAUCUUCUCAAUGGCGUCCAGGACCAGGUGGCUAAAGAUGAGGGACAUAUCCAGGACCUCAGGGGAAACGAAGAAGACACUUUUGAUGUCAAUGAUGACCAGAUGUUCGAUGUAGCAGGAAUACCUGAAGCCAUUGAUGAAGAACAAAGUGAUUCUGAUAUCAACGAUGACCAGAUGUUCGAUGUACGGGGAGUGCUUGAAACCAUGGAUGAAGAAGAAAGUGAUUCUGAUGUCAACGAUGACCAGAUGAUCGAUGUAGCAGGAAUGCUUGAAGCCAUUGAUGAAGAAGAAAGUGAUUCUGACAGUAAGUACGCGAUUGACCAGGAGGUGUCCGGAGACAAAGUGACCGUACAUCUGACCAACCUAGAGGACCCUGAGGAGGGGGAGGAUCAGAGUCUCAGGGAACUUUCUGAUGACCAAUCCAUCUCCCUGCCAGAAUAUCUACCAAUCGUGUCUAUACCAGAGUCUUCUGGAGAACCUCAUGAACAAGUCAAAAAAGGCUGUUUGCUUCUUGGUACCUGCACUGGCUUGGCUCCACGUGCCGGUGACGACGAUUCUGCAAAACGAGGCGUUUACAUCCAGAUCGGUGCAGAUGGUGGGGCGACACCUGGCGGAAAGACUGGAACCGACGGCCAAGGAGCCAUCAACGUCAUCAACAACCAGAUCUCUGUGUACGGAGGACACGGGGACGACGGGUGCUGCCACAAGUGCUGCACAGCGCCACCAUGCGGCUGCAAAGGAAGCCCUGUCCCAGUCCCAGUUCCUGUACCGGUUCCUUCUGCUCCGAUAAAAGCUCAGCCAGAAAUUGACGACUGUUCUCCGAAUCCUUGUCAAAACGGUGCCGAGUGCAAGGACAUCGGGAACAAGUUCCAGUGCAUCUGUAAACUGGGCUUCACCGGGGACAGGUGUGAAACAAAUGUGGAUGACUGUAGCCAGAAUCCUUGUGAAAAUGGCGGGGUAUGCGAAGAUCAAGUCAACGGCUUCAAAUGUAUCUGUGCGAAGGGGUAUUCUGGCAACGUGUGUGAGCUAAACAUAGACGACUGCGCUGGAAAACCGUGUCAAAAUGGCGCCGAAUGUAGAGACAAGGUGGACGACUUCGAAUGUGUCUGUCCAAAGGGUUACGCCGGAGUCCUAUGCGAAACAAAUGUGGAUGACUGCGCCGCUAACCCAUGUCAAAACGAAGGCACAUGUAAAGACAUGGUGGACGGGUACCAGUGCGUCUGUAAGGUCGGAUUUGCUGGCAACAACUGCGAAUUAGAUGUUGACGACUGCAAGGACAACCCCUGCCAAAAUGGUGGCGAGUGUACAGACAAAGUGAACGGCUUCGAGUGUAUCUGUCCAAAGGGGUACUCUGGAAACCUCUGUGAACUCAACAUAGACGACUGCGCCGGAAAACCAUGUCAAAAUGGUGCCGAAUGUAGAGACAAGGUGGAUGGCUUCGAAUGUGUCUGUCCAAAGGGCUACGCCGGAGACCUCUGCGAAACGAAUGUUGAUGACUGCGCCGCUAACCCAUGUCAAAACAAAGGCACAUGUAAAGACAUGGUGGACGGGUACCAGUGCGUCUGUAAGGUCGGAUUCGCCGGCAACAACUGCGAAAUAGAUGUUAACGACUGCAAAGACAAUCCCUGUCAAAAUGGUGGCGAGUGUAAAGACAAAGUGAACGGCUUCGAGUGUGUCUGUCCAAAGGGGUACUCGGGAAACCUUUGUGAACUCAACAUAGACGACUGCGCCGGAAAACCGUGCCAAAAUGACGGCGAAUGCAAAGACAAGGUGAACGGUUUCACCUGUAUCUGUCCAAAGGGCUACGCUGGAGACCUUUGCGAGACGAAUGUUGACGACUGCGCCGCAAACCCAUGUGUAAACGAAGGCACAUGUAAGGACAUGGUUGACGGGUACCAGUGCGUCUGUAAGCUGGGAUACGCCGGAAACAACUGCGAAAUAGAUGUAAAUGACUGCGAAGACAAGCCCUGUCAAAAUGGCGGCGAGUGUAAAGACAAAGUGAACGGCUACGAGUGUAUCUGUCCAAAGGGGUACUCCGGUAACGCUUGUGAAGUCAACAUAGACGACUGUGCCGGAAAACCCUGCCAAAAUGGCGCCGAAUGUAGAGACAAGGUGGACGGCUUCGACUGUAUCUGUCCGAAGGGUUACGGUGGAGACCUCUGCGAAACGAAUGUAGAUGACUGCGCAGAAAGCCCAUGUCAAAACGAAGGCACGUGCGAAGACUUGGUGGAUGGGUACCGUUGCACCUGCAAGCUUGGAUAUGGCGGCAAUAACUGUGAAACAAAUAUCAACGACUGCAAGGACAAUCCCUGCCAAAAUGGUGGAGAGUGUCAGGACAAAGUGAACGGCUUCGAGUGUGUCUGUGCUAAGGGAUACUCGGGAAACCUCUGUGAACUCAAUAUCGAUGACUGUGCCGGACAGCCGUGUCACAAUGGCGCUGCCUGCACGGACCUGGUGGACGGUUUCGAGUGCGUCUGUCCCAAGGGUUUCGCCGGAAAGCUCUGCGAAACAAACGUGAAUGACUGCGAGAAGGACCCCUGCCAAAACGGUGCUACUUGUGAGGACCAAGUGAACGGCUUCAAAUGUGUGUGCCUGGAGGGAUGGUCUGGGAACCUGUGUGAACUCAAUGUGGACGACUGUGCGGACAAACCAUGUCAGAACGAAGGCACUUGUGAGGAUCUGGUCAACGGCUUUAAAUGUACCUGUCCGAAGGGUAUCACGGGAGACCUGUGUGAAAGGACGGUCACUAGCUCCGUGGUGUUUCCACCUGUCGCUGAAAAGCAGCCUGCUGAACCUGUUGCCGCUCCGUUGGAGCAGCCUAAACCUGUUGACAGCUCUAGUCAGACCCAGUCCGAGCAGACUCAACAGGUGCAAUCCGAGCAGACUGAGACUCAGCAGCAGGUGCAAUCCGAGCAGACUCAGCAGCAGGUGCAAUCCGAGCAGACUCAGACUCAGCAGCAGGUGCAAUCCGAGCAGACCGAGACUCAGCAGCAGGUGCAAUCCGAGCAGACUCAGCAGGUGCAAUCCGAGCAGACUCAGCAGGUGCAAUCCGAGCAGACUCAGCAGGUGCAAUCCGAGCAGACUCAGCAGGUGCAAUCCGAGCAGACUCAGCAGGUGCAAUCCGAGCAGACUCAGCAGGUGCAAUCCGAGCAGACUGAGACUCAGCAGGUGCAAUCCGAGCAGACUCAGCAGGUGCAAUCCGAGCAGACUCAGCAGGUGCAAUCCGAGCAGACUGAGACUCAGCAGCAGGUGCAAUCCGAGCAGACACAGGUGCAGUCCGAGGAGACUCAGCAGGUGUCCCAACAGGUUUCAAGCUCGACACAAACGUCAACUAAAACUGAACAACUACAGAUCGACUGUAGCCAAUGGAAAACCUGGUACAGCGAUAUCAAGGCCAAGGUCGGUGAUGAGGUGUUCCCGAAGAUCAUGGGUCAAUGUAAACCGGUUGUUUGCAAAGAUGCAGCCUUCAAAGAGACCUAUGCAGACAUGUUCAAAACCAUCGACUGUGCAUCAUAUCUACUCACUAUCUCCAAGACAGAGUCACAAGAACUCAAGCUGGACUGUGCUGAUUGGCAGACGUGGUACGACAAGGUCAAGGCACAGCUGGACGCAGCGACUUUCCAAAACGUCAUGAAGACCUGUCAACCCGUUGUGUGCAAAGACCCAGCAUUCAAGGAAAAGUAUGCAGACGUAUUCAGCACCAUCGAUUGUGCCUCCUUCUUGCUAACACUAUCAAGCAAGACCACGACCAAGACCACAAAGCUGGUAUCCGUUUUGGGUGCGCUGCCCGUGCAAGUCCUGAAGCUGAUUUUCAAGGGUUCGUCGCAGCUAGAUGAGGCCCAUUCCGUGAUCAUGGGGCGUCUGGGAAGCAAAUCGUUCUGGGCUCCGGCAACCAACGACGUCAACCAGUACAUGCAGAUCAACCUGAUGCAGACCACCACACUUGCCGCCAUUGCUCUCCAAGGGUCCGGGGACAGUUUCGUCAAGACUUUCAAGCUUAUGUACAGCGUGGAUGGUGAAACAUGGACUGAAUACAAGGAGAUUCUAACGGGGAGCAAAGAUGGCACCGCGGUGACCACAGUGCAGCUCACUACCCCCAUCACUGCCCGGUACAUCCGGAUCGUUCCGCUGACCUGGGGGCCUGGUGGCAUCGGUCUGAAGACGGAGGUCUAUAUCACAGCUGCUGCUGCUUCCAGCUUCAGCUUUAACGUGCAAAAGAUGAUGACACAGAUAACGCAGACAACAACAACCACCAAGCAAUACGCUGCCAUUCUCGCGGCGAUACCAGCAAAGGCUCUUACCAUCGUGCUGACGGCCUCUUCACAGAUGAAGGAACAUGGCGCCACCAUGGCCCGCCUGGGCAGCAAGUCCUUCUGGGCACCUGAGACAAAUGAUGCAAGCCAGUACCUACAGAUCAACCUCGGCCAGUCCACUCAGAUUGCCGCCCUAGCCCUGCAGGGGUCCGGAGACCGCUAUGUCACCAAAUUCAAGCUGCAGUACAGUGUGGACGGGGAAGAGUGGAAGGACUACACUGGGAAAGAUGGCAAAGUUCUGGUAAUUGACGGCAGUAAGGAUGGUACCGCGGUCGCCACUAUCCAGCUCCCCACGGCCAUCACCGCACAGUAUAUCCGGAUCUUUGCCGUAACAUGGGGGGCGGGAGGCAUCGGGCUCAAGACGGAGGUCUACAUCUCUGGCACUGCUGCUAAAAGCUACAGACCGACUUUCAAAAUAACCCAGACGUCGUCAAAGAGUUCGAGUAUGCAACUGGACUGCACCAAAUGGAGCACUUGGCUCGACAAAGUCAAGGAACAACUCGGUGCCAAAACCUUUGAGAAGGUUAUGAAGACCUGUCGCCCAAAUGUCUGCCAGGACCCCAGCUUCAAAAAGACCAAAGCAGACUUGUUUGCUGCUCUAAACUGCGAGAAGUUCCUGCUGAGCCUAGGAGGAAAAACCACACAACUAGCUCCGGUUCUGGCUGCCAUACCGGCCCAGGCCCUGUCUAUCGUGCUGACGGCCUCGUCAGAGCUGGACGCCGCCCAUGGUGCCACUUCGGGCCGCCUCAGCAGCGAGUCCUUCUGGGCACCAGCUACAAAUGAUAAAAAGCAGUACUUGCAGAUCAACCUCGGCCAGAAGACAGAGAUCGCCGCUCUUGGCCUGCAGGGUGGAGAAGGCCGCUGGGUGGCGUCGUUUAGGAUCCAGUUCAGUGCGGACGGAGAGACCUGGAGCGACUACAAGGCGGGGACGGGUGCUGCGGUGGUUUUGAAAGGAAACAAAGACGCCACGUCCAUGGUGACCCUUAAAGCCCCAAAGUCCUUUAAGACGCAGUAUCUCCGCAUCAUCCCCGUCACCUGGGGCGAAGGAGGCAUCGGUCUGAGGGCGGAGGUUUUCAUCACCGCUGGUGCGGCUAAAAGCUACAGACCAACCUUCAAAAUCACUAAGACCCAGAAGACUGUGACGAAGACUAAGACCUCCUCCAAACAGCUUGACUGUGGUCAAUGGGCUUCCUGGCUAGGCGCUAUGAAGGCCCACCCUCAGUUCGGAAAGAUCAUGCAAGCCUGUGCACCGCAAAUCUGUAAGGACCCUGCCUUCAAAGCCAAGCCCUUGGCUGCAGACUACUGCAAGACCAAACGCGGUGAGGAAGUUGAGCGAGAGUUAGAUACUGAGGGUCUGGCCGUCACUGUGGACGACGUAGAUGAAGAAGAGGAAGACAACCUACAGCGUCUGCGCAGCCUGACGAGCACCCUGCAAAACCUCAUGAAGCGAGUUCAGGGGAUAGCUGACAUGUAGCGCCAUCUGGCGAGUUGAUAAUGAAACGUACAAUUGCUUAAUGGUGGAUUGUUAUUAUUCCACGUAAAAAGCACAAAACUUCUUUUUUGCAUGAUUUGCUUAUCUUAUCGGUGAAUAGCUAGAGUUUAAGCCAUCAAUCGUUCGGAAUAUCAUUUACAAUGUGAGGGACUGUCAUACUACAAAAUUUCUUGCCAUUCUUUGAUGAUUUCUCCAAGGUGCUAUCUCGUACUCGUGGUUAAAGACAGUACUUUCUAGACUUGUAUUCAAUAAAGAGGUGCCUUUUUGCCAUACAGUGAAAUGCGUAUAUAAAAAAUCGCUCAGUUAAACGUACUUUAUCAGAACUAGCAGUUACCGUUAUCUUCGCUAAUAGACCUAUUUCCAGUUACGGAGGCCAUGUUGGAUUUCCUUGGGUCAUGCACCAAAAUGAGGCUGCACUUGGACAAUGUCCUAUGUAGCAUGUAUUGCAGACAUGAGUAUGCCCCAGGAAAGCCAACAUGGCUGCUAUAUCUGGAAAUUGAGAGGUCUAUUAGUCUAAAAUAAGUUUUAUAGUUCGGUGAAAACAAUGUGUCACAGAAGAGAAAACAGCUUGAGUAACGACGAUUUUGUUAUCAUUCGGAAAAUUGAUAAGACAUGGAAUACACAGAGCAAGACCGUACUAAGAUCUGAGGAGAGAGUUGUAAACAGAAAUAGUCGAUAAAACCUUGAUAAAGACUGUGGUACAUAAUAAAUCAGGGGGUCGGGAAAACC